CCGUCUCCUGUUCCAACAUCGAGUGCAUUAAUCGAGGUUAUACCCGCCCACACUUUUCCUUCGGCAAAGCUCUACGCAGGACACGUAAGGACCCCAGUUUACACGCUCAGCAUUCCAGUCGAGCAUGUCCAUUUAGAGACAAGUGCCCGCGAGGAUGAAACAAGCCGGUCUUGCUCUAACCCUGGGAGUGCCGGACUAAAGGUUAGCCUGGUUGCUUGCUUACUUUCCACUCGUGGUAAGGCGUGUGUCGGGCACGGAGUACACCCUUCUGGUAUAGAAGGGAGUUUGGGUUUAGUGUUGUCUUGUGCCCUGGACGCAUCGCGCCGAUUGGAAAAGCCGCAAAAUCUUGAUUGCAAUUAAAGAGAAACUGUGUCUGGUGCUUGGCAUCUGGCGUGCUCGUAUAUCAACCCUUCCUCACGUCCCGGUGAAUUCUGGAUGAAGAAUGCUGCGGUCGCGAUUGGCUUUUCGGUCGGUGUCAUGACGGCGUUGCAAACACGAGAUCCUAGCCAGAGUCGGGUUCAUGGUGGGUUUGGCAGCAUGAAGGACAGCAGCAUAUACAUAUUGGUAACCGUACCACCUUUCAUUCCCUCACAUGACCCACUGAGUCCGUAUACGGCCUUUUGGAUGGGUUAUUGCCAGCACAUGAUACCGGGGGCGAUGCAAAUGAAGAACGUGAAUAGUGUAGCCUGCUGGUUGGGGGAAGAGACAGCGGAAGUGGCUGUUUUGACUGCUGCCUGAGACAUAGCCAUCCCACUCAAAGUAUCUAUCGUCCUUCGAUGCAGACGUCGGGAG